AUGGAUAAGAGGUCUCAUGGAUUGUCUACGCUGGAGGGUUACAGUGGUUAUGGAGCUGAGCAAGGUGAGAAAGCAUUGAGGGCUGCACUUGCUUCGACAUUUUAUGGUAACCUUGGCAUUGAGGAGGAUGAUAUAUUUGUCUCAGAUGGUGCUCAAUGUGACAUAUCUCGACUUCAGGUUAUUUUUGGAUCUAAUGUUACAAUGGCAGUGCAAGACCCAUCAUACCCGGCCUAUGUAGAUUACAGUGUUAUCAUGGGUCAGACUGGACAGUUUGAAAAGGAUGUUGAAAAGUUUGCAAAUAUUGAGUAUAUGAGGUGUACACCAGAGAAUGGUUUCUUUCCUGAUUUAUCCACUGUUGCCAGAACAGACAUCAUAUUCUUCUGUUCACCUAACAAUCCUACUGGAGCUUCUGCAACAAGAGAGCAGUUGACUCGAUUGGUUCAGUUUGCAAAGGACAAUGGGUCUAUCAUAGUCUAUGAUUCUGCAUAUGCCCUGUAUAUGUCAGAUGAUAACCCACGUUCUAUCUUUGAAAUUCCUGGAGCAAAAGAGAUUGCAAUUGAAACAGCUUCCUUUAGCAAGUAUGAUGGGUUUACUGGAGUUCGUCUCGGUUGGACUGUUGUUCCAAAACAGCUUCUGUUCUCAGAUGGAUUUCCUGUUGCCAAGUACUUCAAUCGUAUUGUUUGUACUUGCUUUGAUGGUGCGUCUAAUAUUUCCCAAGCUGGUGGCUUGGCUUGCCUUUCACAGGAAGGGCUUGAGGCAAUGCAAGAGGUGAUUGUCUUUUAUAAAAAAAAUACCAAAAUUAUAGUAGAGACAUUUAACUCGCUUGGGUUUAAAGUGAACGGAGGACAGAAUGCUCCAUAUGUGUGGGUCCACUUUCCGGGCCAAAGCUCAUGGGAUGUGUUCAGCGAGAUACUUGAGAAGACCCACAUUGUUACUACGCCUGGAAGUGGUUUCGGACCAGGUGGUGAAGGUUUCAUCAGGGUCAGCGCAUUUGGUCACAGGGAGAAUGUCUUGGAAGUUUGCAGAAGAUUCAAGCAGCUUUACAAUUGAAUCAGUAUCAUUUGACCUGUUGCCUCGGUUUUAAACCUGACAUGAAAGGCCAUCUGCUUUUAUAUUUUUUAUUCUAUUUUCUUUUAGUAGCAUUGCUUAUAAUAUUGUAUCGGAUUCUAUGCUAAGAAUGCAGAGCAUUGUCCUGUAACAUUC